AGAGGCAGGCCACUCCAGAUUGGUAGGUGAGAGGUUUAAUAAGCAAGGGGAGUUACAAGGCUCGUCUUGAGUGGCCUUAAGACUAGUCGAUCUCUGCACUCACCCACCAGAAUCUUAAAGGUUUAUAUAGAUGCCUUAACUGGGUUCGGGCAUGUAUUCAGUCCAGGUGGUCUCAAGGCUGCAUCCUUGAAAUGGCUUGGGCUAUGGGAACUGGGUGGAACAUACAUUCCAAGGACAGGGGAGAGGGUAAGGAGCCGCUGAUUGCCAGGGUCUAGCUUGCUGGUCAACCAAUGGUCACAUCCUCUUGAUUACCUCUUCUAACAACAUGGAAGAAGUGAAAGAAAAAUGCUAAUGGGAGUUUCUUCUCUUUCCCUGAGUGUCCCGUUCACAUGGGCCUAUAGACAUAAUCAAAUCAAAGUUGUAAAGCCAACACUGAGCUGAGGGAUGGAUUCCAACCAUGUUCAGCUUUUCCCGGGGCGUCUGUGCUUAUGUUACUAUUUGAGCUGCUCCACUCAUUCAUUUUCCAUUUCUAAAGGAGAUGAGGGUGAAAAAGGAAAUCCAGGAGAGGAGGGAAAGCAUGGCAAAGUGGGACGCAUGGGGCCGAAAGGAAUUAAAGGAGAACUGGGUGAUGCAGGAGACCAAGGCAAUAUUGGCAAGACCGGGCCCAUUGGCAAGAAGGGUGACAAAGGGGAAAAGGGUUUGCCUGGGAUACCUGGAGGAAAAGGCAAAGCAGGGACUGUUUGUGAUUGCGGAAGAUACCGAAAAGUUGUUGGACAACUGGAUAUCAGUGUGGCUCGCCUCAAGACAUCGAUGAAGUUUGUCAAGAAUGUCAUAGCAGGGAUUAGGGAAACCGAAGAGAAAUUCUACUACAUUGUUCAGGAGGAGAAGAACUACAGGGAAUCCCUGUCCCACUGCCGGAUCCGGGGUGGAAUGCUAGCCAUGCCAAAGGAUGAAGCUGCCAACAUGCUCCUGGCAGACUACGUCUCCAAGAGUGGCUUCUUCCGGGUGUUCAUCGGGGUGAAUGACCUUGAGAGAGAGGGCCAGUAUGUGUUCACCGACAACACUCCACUGCAGAACUACAGCAACUGGAAGGAGGGUGAGCCCAGCGACCCCUACGGCCACGAGGACUGUGUGGAAAUGCUGAGUUCAGGCAGGUGGAAUGACACAGAGUGCCAUCUUACCAUGUACUUUGUCUGUGAGUUUGUCAAGAAGAAAAAGUAACUUCCCUCUUGCUGCACAUUUGUCAUUUCCCUGUGACUACCAUGGCAGUUAUUUUUAUCCAUCUUUCCUGUCUAAUUACACUAAAUUCAUUCUGACUCAAGGCAAGUGAGAAAUGCUAGACUGAGGUUUGGAAUCUCCAUCGCCAUGCUCGUCCAUGACGAUUUUGAACAUUUUCAUACACGGUAUGUUACUGAGCCAUAAGCUCACCAGGUUAUGGGUCCCAAGAGAGAGCUUGAAUUACUAGUUGUGCAGGAGGUGGUUGUCUAUGUCUCCAAUGAAGUUCUCACUUGGCAUUUGCUCUGCCAUCUCUCCCUAGAGCCGUAAACCACUGUCUAUCUGGCCCAGUGGAUAAUUGGAUAGUUGGUUGGGGAUGAUUAGGCGCCAAGCCAGACAUAUGAGAGGCUCUUCUCUUAGGAAUGUCAAGGUAUUAUCUGUCUUUGAACCCAAGAUCCCCAGUUCUUUGACCAGUCACCCACCAUGGCCAUAGCCACACACGCAAGGUCCUCUUCUUUGCAUACCCUCAGAAAUACUUCAACUCUAAGCCUUUAUAGGAGGAACUUCUAGCCUAGUGCCCUGUUCCAGACCAUAUGGAAUCAUGCAGAUAACUUCUGUUCUUCUGGUUGAUGGCCUUCACUGAAGUAUACCCAGCCUUGGCCCCCUUUCUGUAGGCCCACAGGUAAAUUCCAGGCCUCCAGAUAUUAACCCUGUGAUCUGAGGAAAAGGGAGCUCUAGAAAUUGAAAAGAAAAAAAAGAAAAGGCUAGCUCCCACACAAUGUUAUUUAUAACCCUCCUGCUAAAUUGCCCCCUUUAUUAAUAUGGCUCCAUGUUUCCUCAUCUUAAGUUUAUCCAUAGCAACUUUUCUCCCUUUGGGCAUGGAGAAUGAAGGAAAGGGUUUGUGAAGCCUUCAGAAAACUCUAGAAGCUUCAGGGUGCUACCAACACCAAGUCUCUAAGACCCUUGUCUGCCUCUAAUAUAUCAUGCAUGGUGACAUUUUGUGGGAGGCCCUUUAUUCUCUGCAACUGUAUGUUGUAAAAAUCUCACAUCAGUGAUGCCUUCAAGUACUUUCAAGUACAUCACAAGAAUGUGUCAAGUGUGGAGCUUGGAACGUGCCUGAGGCUCACAUUUACUAAGCUGGUAAAAUUCUACUUUGAACUGCAGAUCAAACCUCAAAGCAGCUCUAAAUUGAAAUUUUAAAAUAAAAGUUCAACAAAACCCUAGAUUAUCCCCUUAUAAACUGAUGCUCCAGUUAUAGUUUGUGACAUAUAAUUAGACGUUUAAAAUGCUGGCAAAACAGUUAAUGAGGGGCUUCCCUGGUGGCGCAGUGGUUGAGAAUCUGCCUGCUAAUGCAGGGGACACGGGUUCGAGCCCUAGUCUGGGAAGAUCCCACAUGCCUCGGAGUGGCUGGGCCCGUGAGCCAUGGCCGCUGAGCCUGCGCGUCCGGAGCCUGUGCUCCGCAACGGGAGAGGCCACAACAGUCAGAGGCCCACGUACUGCCAAAAAAAAAAAAAAAAAAAAAAAAAAAAUUACAAAGCAGGACACCAUAUCAAAUCCAAUAUCCUGGGGUAGAAUGCCAGCCAAGAGCUUGAGGAACAAGAAUCUAGAAGCACUUAGAGGAAAAGAAAGGGAUUCGAAAAGAGGAGAGAGGGAGCAGACAGUAAACAUUGCCUAUGGGCAGCUCACACCGGGAUCCAUGUUCUGAUUUGUUCUAAGCCCCCCAAGUAUGAAUAUUAAUUGUGUGUACCGUCCAUACUAUUCUAAUUUCUAUUAUGAUUAUUAUAAUAAUAACAACAUUUCUCUCAAUGACUCAUCGUUGCUGCCAGUGCUUCCAAGAGAAGAUGACAAGAGUUUCAGAGAUAGGAUUCAUCCUGAGACCUUGCCUGGGAGAAAUUUUGAAGGCACUACACACUUAAUUAGAUUUGCUAUAAAACUUACUUUGUGCUUUACAAAAUAAAUGUCUUCACAUAACAUUUUCCAUGUGAUCCUGAUAAACUCUGUGAAGUAUGAAGGGCAGACGUUUUUACUGCCAUCUUUCCAAUGAGAAUACCGAGGUCCAAGGAAGCUAAGCAGUUUACCAAAAUCAACUCAUUUGAAAGAAAAGCAGGAUUUCACUCUGCUGAUUGAAACUGUCAAUCCAGUGUUCUCUCCAGCAUAUGUUUUUUGGUCUUAUAUGGAAUGGAAUUUCAUCCACGAUUCUCUUAUGAUAACAGGGGCUCAAAUAAUCUCUCUUGAUUACUUUCCAAAGUUAAAGAUUAGGGUUAAUUAAUAGAAAUGCUGGGGAUUCAGAAACUUGCCUUACAAAUAUGGUACUCACUGGUUUCUUUUGAAAUUCAGGAAUGUCUACACAUGUCAUUAAUGUUGAGGAGGUGAUUUAGUUCAGUGUCACUACAGUUUUGCAAAUAACUACAGAUUUAGGGAAAGCAAGGCAGGUAUAUUAAAAUUAAGAUUUGCCAAAACUAAAAAUGAGCAAGUAAUUAUUUGCCCCAUAAGAGAAUAAAGUAGAUAAUUCCCUUCAAUAAUUAGCAUUUAAAAUCAAUUUCAUUCUCCAAAGUUAAAUGUAUAUUCAACUUUUCAGGAACAUAUCUGGGCACUUCCCAAGGAUGACAUAAAGGUUCCAGGGGAAGACAAUUAAAAAUUUAUUCACAAUUGCACAAUGCUGCCUUUUCAAAGCAACACGCUCUAUAGCCAGACAAGAAGAAAUAUCUUAUGUCCAGAGUCAUUGCCCAAACACUGUAGAAGGGUAUACAUCCUGUGUUGAGAGAAAUAUAACAAACAUUGAUUACACUUUGGACAACUCACCCAUAAAAACUACUGACAUUAAAGAAGAUGUAUUUUUUCCUGCUUAGAUGUACGAGCUUCUUUGAUUGUUAUUAACCAGUUAAUUUCCAGCUCUCUGGAUUGCAUACCUGGAGACCAUAAGAUGUCUGUGGAAUAGGACAGGUUAACUAAACAGCAGCAUGCACUGCGUUUGCCACAGAUGGUAUACAUACGUACAUUGUUUUUCAAUAUAGGGCUUUCUUUUACUGCACUCCUAACAGGUGGUCACACAGUCCAUAUUUG